UUAAUCUUUUCCUUAUCAAUCGUAGUCCCAACAAAUCCUGCGUUGCUUAAAAUCCACUGCACUUUUUUCCAUUAGCUCGGAUCGUAAUUCACUCGCCGGCGGAGUGUACGAGCAAUGGAAAUGGCAAGGAAUUGCGAUCGGGAGACGGAGGAGGCGGAGGCUGGAGGUGGCGGCCGCAAUAGUAGUAUCCACGGUGAUGUCCUUGAGGAGGUCGUCUCCCGGGUCUCCGCCCUCGACCUCCUCCACGUCUCCCGUGUCUCCAGAGGCUGGCGGACCGCCGCUAUCUCCUCCCUCCUCUGCCGGCGACGCCCGCCCUGCCUUCUCCUCCGCCUCCAGUCCCGCCGCAGAGCCUCCGCGCACGUGUACGACCCCAUCUCCGGCGCCUGGAGGGAUGUUCCUAUCCCGCCCGAGGCGAGCCUUCACGGGCUCGAUGCGCCGCGCGUCGCCGCGCUCGCGAGCUCUCUCUCUGGCGGUCCCCGCUUCUACGCGCUCUCCUCCUCCAAGCUCGCCCUCGCGGCCGACCCGCUCGGCACCGCUUGGCGCGACCUGGAGCCGCCGCGUUGCUGGCGUACGGACCCGACCGUCGCCCUCGUGGGCACCCGCCUGGUGGUGGCCGGCGGCGGAUGCGCGCUCGAGGGCAACGCAGGCUCCGUCGAGAUGUGCGACGCGUACGGGGGCGGAGGAGGCUGCUGGUGGGAGCCGUGCGAGGCGAUGCCGGAGGCGUUCAGAUUGUCGCCGGCGAUUUCGGCCGCGGCGUCGGAGCGGCGGCUCUAUGUCGUGGAGAGGCAGCCGCCGUUCGGCGCUAGCUGGUUCGAUACGGAGACGAGGCGGUGGGGUCCAACGCGGUCGCUGAGCGUGCCCGACCCCACCGCUCGCCACGUGGCGAUCGGGUUCUCGAACGGACGGCUGCUUUUGGCGGCGGCGGGCGGGAGUGGGAUGGGGUGGGGGUGGGCGGCGGAGAGCGUGCGGGUGUGGAUGGUGGAGGAGGAGACGCUGGAGGUGGCAUCGGAGGAAGUGGUGGCGGAGAUGCCGAGAGAGAUGGUGGCUGCCCUGGCCGAGGAUGGCGGCGGCGGGUGGGGGUUGCCGUCGAUUGGGUUCUUGUGCGAGAGUGAUUUCGCUUACUUCUACAACCCUGUCUAUUUGAAGGAGUUCUUCCUGUGCGAGCAGCAGGCCGCAGGCGGCAGCGGCUGUCGGUGGCAGCGGGUUGAACCGCCAGCGUGCGUGGAGCAGCGACCCAUUGAUAAGGUGGCGCUCGGAUGUUGCCAAAAUGGGAGUAGACUGUAUUUAAGUUAAAAUAAUCAAAUAAAGCAUAUUAGGACAUCUCUUAUAAGGGAUAUUUGGAGAAAAUAUUUCUCUAAAUAUCUCCCUCUCUCAUAUAUCUCCCAUUGUGGGGAUAUUUGAAAGGAGAAUAGAAAUCAUCAGGCACAACUUUGUGCUUGGUGAUUUCAUUGUGGUGGCAUGAAAGUGGGCCCCACAAGUUGUAAUUGAGAGAUAAAAAUAUUUGUUAGGUGGGGUUCAUAAAUAUUUUGUUGAGGGGAUAUUUUAUUGUGAGAUUUGAGAUAUUUGAUAAG